UUUGAUUAGGUGUAUAUUUUUCAUUCUAUCGAGUUCAUAAAACUAGUGCGUCUCUGAUUGUGGAUAUGUACCUCGCAUCCUCACGAUUUGCAAUUGGGAUUCGUUGAAUAAACUUUGAUUAUUUAAAAUCGAGUAAAGUGGAAGAUGUUAGCGACCGCUGAUCUCGCCAUUAUCGCCAAGAAAUCAACUGAAGGUAUCUCGACCUACCAAAUUCUCUCCAAUGACAGAGUUGGAAGGUAUAUGGUGGCAAAGAAAGACCUAGACCCUGGUGACGAGAUUCUAACGGAACUACCCUUUGUUGCGGGUCCGAAGGCAUCAACUUACCCCCUGUGUCUGUCAUGUUACACUCCUUGGCCGCCAGCUCAUAACACCACUCCUUUGUGCUCCAAGUGUUAUUGGCCAGUAUGUAAUGAGAUAUGUGAAAAUGCUACGCAACAUAGGGAAUAUGAGUGUCCAAUUCUUGAAGCUUCGAAGGAGAAAUUCAACGUUAAAGAAGCACUGGAAGGAGAGAAUCCAAAUGGUCUUCCCCAGCUGGAAUACAUCACCCCGUUGAGAUUACUCCUGGCAUCUGAAAAAUUUCCAGAAAGAUGGAAUAGAGAAGUGAAAGACAUGGAAGCGCAUAAUAAAAAGCGCAGUCAGGGUAGUCAAUGGAGAACCGAUGACAUAAACAUUGUCAAGUUCAUCAGAGAACGUCUGAAACUUGACAGAUUCUCAGAGGAAGUUAUUCACACAAGCUGCGGAAUCUUAGAGAUUAAUUGUCAUGAAAUCAGGACUGCUAAGGGAUACGGAGCAAGGGUUCUUUAUCCGACUGUUGCUCUCAUGAAUCAUUCUUGUGUCUCUAACACUAGCCACAGUAUUGAGACUGACGGUUACAGGGUGAGACUGAGAACAACUAUGAGAGUCCCCAAGGACGGAGAACUAUUCGGAAGUUAUACACACUCGCUCCUCCCAACCAUGUUAAGACAAGAGCGUCUUUUUGUGGGAAAACACUUCCAAUGCGCCUGCCCUCGAUGCUCUGAUCCAACGGAACUUGGAACACAUAUGUCCUCCCUUAAAUGUAACAAGUGUGAUAAUGGUAUAGUCGUUUCACUGGAUUCUUUAGAUUGUGAAAGUAUGUGGAAAUGUACUCACUGUGAAUUCUCAACGAGCGGAGCAGCAGUCAAGAAAGUUCUCCAGAUAAUAAAUUCCGAGGUUGAGGCAGCGGAGGCAAUCACAGGUGAUUAUGGUCCAGAUGCCAUUCACCAGAGAGAGAGUAUAAUAAAAAAAUAUCACUCGGUUCUUCAUCCUCGUCACGCGUUUCUGACAAUGCUCAGGUACUCGUUAUCACAGUUGUAUGGACGAGUGGAAGAGUAUAAUCAUGACGAUCUCCCGGAUAUUGUACUUGAGCACAAAGUGGAUAUUUGUAGACUUCUGCUCCAAGUUUUUGAUGUCAUUGAGCCAGGAUUAACGAGAAUACGGGGAAUGACUUUGUAUGAACUUCACGCACCACUUCUCUUUCUUGCCAAAUCCCAGUGGAGCACUGGGGUGAUUGAUAACGCAGGACUGAAAUCAAAAAUGACAGAGGCUGCUAAUGUUCUUAAUGAAGCCAUUAACAUCCUUAGUUUAGAGCCUUUGGACUCUAUAGAGGGACAGAUUGGAACUGGCGCUAGAGAAUCUUUGGCCCAGCUGGAACAGUCAAUCAAAGAUGUAUAAAUCAUAUAUCAUUAUUGAUUAUUUAUAUUCUCUAAACUGUUUGUAGUUAAAUAAAAGAAUAGUACUACUGGUGAAA